AUGGCCGAGGAGGACAGUGUGGAAAAGCUGCUGACAUUUUUGUCGCCACCUGCUGCUGCUGCUCCAACAUCAAAUGAACGAAAAGUAGCAGUAAUUGAUGUACAGGGGAUGACCUGCCAUUCAUGUGUCAAUAAUAUCCUGGAAAAUUUACGAUCUCAUGCCGGCAUCCAUCGAGCAGGUGUUUCGCUGAAACAAAAGGAAGCUGUGGUUGAAUUUGAUGUGAAUUUGAAUAGUGGCGAGAGCAUAGCUACAAUAAUUGAUAGUAUGGGCUUCGAUGCUAAACUCAAAUAUAUUAAAAGUGAGAGUUUUUUUUGGCUUCUCAAAUUUAUUUUUAUUUUUUCCUUUAAAUUGAAAAUCUAUCAUUUCAGCGUUGCCACAGGCUGA